CUGGGUGGCACAACUUGAAGGGCCAGAAUGGUCUAUCCUGCGCUGUCUCUCAGUAAAAUAAACAAAAAGGAAUAUAUAUUUUAAAAAGAAAAUUAAAUAAGUAGUGCAAAAAGGCAGGAACAAUACAGAAAUAUUUUUUUCAUGGUGAUCAUGGAUUCAUUGUCCAUUCAGAAAUCUGACAGCAAGAGGAGGAAGUUGUCCCUGAAACAUUGAGUGUGUCUCUUUAGGCUCUUGUACCUCCUCUCUGAUUGUGGAAAUGAGAAAAGGGCAUGUCCUGGGUGCUGGGGGUCCUUCAUGAUGGAUGCUGCGUUUCUGAGGCAUUGCAUUUUGAAUGCUGGGGAAUCUAGUAUCAAUGAUGGAGCUGGCUGAGUUUACAAUUUUCUGCAGCCUUUUCUGAUCCUUGUAGUGCCCCCCCUCCCCCCAUACCAGACAGUGAAGUACCAGCUUUCCAUGGUAUAUGGUUCCUGGUCAUAAGGCCAGUGAUGUUGUGGGGAGGGAACUGGACUCUGACGGUGGUGUCUGAAAAGAGGAUGCUGUCCAAGUUGCAUGUCAUCUUGGACGAUGACUCCCAUCCACUCCAUAAUGUACUGGUUAGGCACAGGAGUACAUUCAGCCAGAGACUCAUUCCACCGAGAUGUAACACUGAGCAUCAUAGGAAAUCAUUCCUGCCCGUGGCCAUCAAACUUUACAACUCCUCCCUCGGAGUGUCAGACACCCUGAGUCAAUAGGCUGGUCCUGGACUUAUUUCCACUUGGCACGAUUAACUUAUUACUAUUUAAUUAUUUAUGGUUUUAUAUUGCUAUAUUUCUUCACUAUUCUUGGUUGGUGCGGCUGUAACAAAACCCAGUUUCCCUCGGGAUCAAUAAAGUAUGUUUGUCUGUCUCUAUAUACAGAAAUUGGUGAGUGUCUUUGGGGACACUCAGAUUCUCCUCAAAUUUCAAAUGAAGUGUAGCUGCUGUCAUGCCACGUCUGAAACUGCAUCAAUAUGCUGGGUCCAGGAUAGAUCUUCAUCAGAGAUGUUGACACACAGGAACUUGAAACUGCUCAUUCUUUCCACUUCUGGUCCCUCAAUGAGAACUGAUGUGUUUUUCUUUCACUUCCCCUUCCUGAAGUCAACAAUCAAUUUGUUGGUCUCACUGACAUUGAGUGCAAGGUUGUUGUUGACACCAUUCGGUCUGCUGAAAUGUGUCAUUGGAACAUUGGAAUCACGGAACGCAUGCAGAUGUCUCUUGUGGAUUUGGGGAAGAAGCUUUUAGAAGCUGCCCGAGCUGGACAGGAUGAUGAGGUGCGAAUAUUGAUGUCCAAUGGUGCUCCUUUCACAACAGACUGGCUGGGAACAUCUCCACUUCAUCUAGCAGCUCAGUAUGGUCACUAUUCAACAGCAGAAGUGCUGCUUCGGGCAGGAGUGAGUCGGGAUGCAAGGACUAAAGUGGACAGGACCCCACUGCACAUGGCAGCAUCAGAAGGCCAUGCAAACAUUGUGGAGGUACUUGUGAAGAAUGGAGCUGACAUAAAUGCAAAGGAUAUGCUUAAAAUGACAGCUCUUCACUGGGCCGUGGAACAUGGUCACCAAGAUGUGGUUGAUCUCUUGAUAAAAUAUGGAGCUGAUGUUCACACACCAAGUAAAUUCUGCAAAACAGCCUUUGAUAUUGCAGUGGAUAAUGGUGAUGAAGAUUUAAUUGUAAUGCUGCAGAGGGCGAUGGAGAACCAGAUUAACACCAAUUCGGAUAGCUCUGAUACCAUCACUGUCCACAGUGCCACGCCACAAUUCAUUAUUGGUCCUGGAGGAGUGGUCAAUUUAACUGGCUUAGUUUCAACUGGGACAUCAAAGGCAUCAGAGUCGGGCAUUUCUGCAGUGCAAUUUGGGAAUUCCUCUACGUCGGUGUUGGCUACAUUAGCUGCCUUGGCAGAAGCAUCGGCACCGUUGACCCAAGCACCUGAAGCACCAGUUGCUACGGAAGAAGUGGUAACAGCCGACUCUGUAGACAGUGCCAUACAACAGGUUGUCAGCAGUGGAGGUCAGCAAGUGAUUACCAUAGUUACUGAUGAUAUUCAGCUGAGCAACUUGCAGGCAGCCAGUGACAGUAUGAAUCAUCCGAUCAUUGUCACAAUGCAGGAUGGACAGCAAGUUUUGACUGUUCCAGCGACUGAUAUUGCUGAGGAGACAGUAAUCACUGAAGAACCGUUGAUGAAGAGGCGUUGUGUUGAGAUAAUUGAAAAUCACAUUGAUAGCACAGAGAUUGAGAUACAAGAAAGUUCUGUUCCAGAAACUUGUACCCUGGACUCUGUGGAAUUCUCAGAGGAGAAAGAAGCGUUACAGAAACAGCUGGAAGAAGCCAACCGUGAGGCACAGAAGUACAGGCAGCAGCUCUUCGAGAAGGAGCAGGAGGCUGAGGCCUAUCGACAGAAGCUGGAAGCCUUUGGGCACCUGCCCUCAAACAAGCAGAUACUUUAAAAAGUCAGGUGGACAUGGAGGCAAACACAGCACUCAAACAGCCAGUGGUUCCAGAUCCUAUGGGAAGGACAGCCUUCUCUAUCACUGUGACACAAAAGGGCACGGCAGCAACCCAAGUAUAACAGUCCUGCGGGCAGAACAUGGCUCAGGCAGUUGUGCUUUAUGGUCGCUGAAAUCCUGGUGAUUGAACAGCAAUCUGUGGAUGAAAGGAUGGACAAGAUGCAGGUUGAGGACAAAGAGAUGAGACACAAAGGAAUCUACCUGUACCCAGAAUAUUCCACCAAGACUGAGUCCUUCUGAAAAGCACAGUCAGAUUCACACCUUUCCUCAAUGCCCAAGAGAAACCUGUUAUUAAAUUAGAAGGCUCUGACUCUUGGCUUUAUCUGUUGACUACUGCAUUGCCUCUGUGAGAUGCUGCAAGUGUGAAAUAUUAUCUAGACAAAAGCAGAAAGGAGUCAUGCUGGCGAUUAGUGAAAUGUAGUGGAGGUGCCAUUGCACAAUGUGGGUAGAAAUUGCCACUCACAGAGGUAACUGAGGCUUUCUUAUUUCAUUGUAAGUGUGAAGAAUGCUCUAUGGGUUUGCAGUGACUCUUCCCCUUCCUAAGAUCAUUUAAAAAGUUGAGUCAUAGAACUUUAAUAAUGGCUCUUUUUUUAAAGAAAUUCGAAAGAGGAACUCUUAACAGCAGGAAUACAUUUAAGCUAUAAAAACAAUUUGAACUCUAAAUUAAAUAACCAACUUUUCUUGUAAUUAACAAUAACAAUUGCAAAAAUGAGAAUUUGAUUCAUAAUUCUUGUCACUGAUUUUCCUAAUGGGUUCAAUUCAAAUGCCAUCAAGUUGUGUCAAUGAAUUAAGAUACUUUUAAAAGUCAAGUGUGAGAACACAACACUGGAAAGAUUCCUGGGGUGAAUUAUUCACUGUGUGAAAGGUAGAAUGCUGCCCAAUUGGCAGUGAGUCAGUGUAUUGUUCAGGAAAUGGUAGGUGAUGAUAUUUUAUACAUUGUUGUUGAUCCUGAUGCUGCUCUGACCAUGAACGGUCGUGUCUUCAUAACAAGACAUUAAUUCAACCCACUGAGCUGAGCUAAACAAUUAUACUCCAUUUUAAUUACUAUUAAUUUAUGCCAUGUGAAAAGGCUCAUUCCUUCACUAGUGGCCGGUGUUUGACAAGAUAGCACAGGGUUAGGUAGCUGAGGACUACUGUCUGCUGUCCAACGUGUUUAAAGGGAAGACACUGUAGAUUGUUUAUGUUCUGUGUUCAGCAUCUGUUCCUGGAGGGCCAGCUCGUGUCCUGCCACCCCAUCUGUGCCCAGUGCCCUUUACCUGCCUGGCCAAUGAUUUUGUUUAGUAUUUAGUUGGGACAUUUUCCACUGAGGGUUCUCAAGUGACCACUUAAAUUGGGAGUGCUGGCAUCUCACUAAGCAGCAGGACUUGAUCAAGUAUGAAAGAGACUGCCAGACUUCAACUCCUGGCUUCAUGUAAAUUGAGAUCCAGUUUAUUAAAAACUACAGUGAAUUCAGAGCAUUUCCUCAGAUUUCUCUUUCAGCCUACCCUUGUAAUUGUAUAAACAAAGAUGAUUACAAAUCUUCCACUGUAUAAUUUUGUAUCAAAUAAAAACUUUCUU